GUGGAGGCCAAAAUGGCGGCGCAGGCGGCAGCUGCGGCUCAGGCGGCGGCGGCGGCGGCGGCGGCGGCUCAGGCAGCGCAGGCCGAGGCGGCCGAAUCGUGGUACCUGGCGCUUCUGGGCUUCGCCGAGCACUUCCGCACUUCCAGCCCGCCCAAGAUCCGCCUGUGCGUGCACUGCCUGCAGGCCGUGUUCCCCUUCAAGCCGCCGCAGCGCAUCGAGGCCCGCACGCACCUGCAGCUCGGUUCCGUGCUUUACCACCACACCAAGAACAGCGAGCAGGCGCGCAGCCACUUGGAGAAAGCGUGGUUGAUAUCACAGCAAAUCCCCCAGUUUGAAGAUGUCAAGUUUGAAGCAGCAAGUCUUUUGUCUGAAUUAUACUGUCAAGAGAAUUCUGUCGACGCAGCAAAGCCACUGCUGCGGAAAGCGAUCCAGAUCUCACAGCAGACCCCGUACUGGCACUGCCGGCUGCUCUUCCAGCUUGCUCAACUGCACACGCUUGAGAAAGACCUGGUGUCAGCCUGCGACCUUCUGGGCGUGGGGGCCGAAUACGCCCGGGUAGUGGGAUCUGAAUACACACGGGCUCUGUUCCUGCUCAGCAAAGGGAUGCUGCUGUUGAUGGAGCGCAAGUUGCAGGAAGUCCACCCACUGCUGACCCUCUGUGGACAGAUAGUCGAGAACUGGCAGGGGAACCCCAUCCAGAAGGAAUCUCUGCGCGUCUUCUUCCUGGUGCUCCAGGUAACCCACUACCUGGAUGCUGGGCAGGUGAAGAGUGUGAAGCCGUGCCUGAAGCAGCUGCAGCAGUGCAUCCAGACCAUCUCCACACUGCAUGACGAUGAGAUCCUGCCCAGCAAUCCCGCCGACCUCUUCCACUGGCUGCCCAAGGAGCACAUGUGCGUGCUUGUCUACCUGGUGACUGUGAUGCACUCCAUGCAGGCCGGCUACCUGGAGAAGGCACAGAAAUACACGGACAAGGCCCUCAUGCAGCUGGAGAAGCUCAAGAUGCUCGACUGCAGCCCCAUCCUGUCCUCCUUCCAAGUGAUCCUGCUGGAGCACAUCAUCAUGUGCAGGCUUGUCACGGGACACAAGGCCACCGCGCUGCAGGAGAUCUCCCAGGUCUGCCAGCUGUGCCAGCAGUCCCCUCGGCUCUUCUCCAACCACGCAGCACAGCUGCACACGCUGCUGGGCCUGUACUGUGUCUCAGUCAACUGCAUGGACAAUGCGGAAGCCCAGUUCACCACAGCCCUGCGGCUCACCAAUCACCAGGAGCUGUGGGCCUUCAUCGUGACCAACCUGGCGAGUGUGUAUAUACGGGAAGGAAAUAGACACCAAGAGGUACUGUACAGUUUGUUGGAAAGGAUCAAUCCAGACCACAGCUUCCCUGUCAGCUCACACUGCCUCCGAGCGGCAGCUUUCUAUGUGCGCGGGCUCUUCUCCUUCUUCCAAGGACGCUACAACGAGGCCAAGCGAUUUCUGCGAGAAACUCUAAAGAUGUCCAAUGCGGAGGACCUGAACCGGCUCACCGCCUGCUCCCUCGUGCUCCUAGGCCACAUCUUCUACGUGUUGGGGAACCACAGAGAGAGUAACAACAUGGUGGUGCCUGCCAUGCAGCUGGCCAGCAAGAUCCCAGACAUGUCAGUCCAGCUAUGGUCAUCAGCCCUGUUGAGAGACCUGAACAAGGCCUGUGGGAAUGCCAUGGAUGCCCACGAAGCUGCCCAGAUGCACCAGAACUUCUCACAGCAGCUACUCCAGGACCACAUUGAGGCCUGCAGCCUCCCUGAGCACAAUCUCAUCACGUGGACAGAUGGUCCGCCCCCUGUGCAGUUCCAAGCUCAGAAUGGACCCAACACCAGUCUGGCCAGCCUCCUGUAAAGCCCCUGGAAGGGGCCACCCAGCUUCUCAGGGCCUCCAUGGGGCCUGAUGUGUCCCUGACUUCCACCCAGACAGCUCUUGAGCUUUCCUUGGACGCGUGCUGGCGUGGACAUCCUCAGCUUCUUUGCUGACUGUCUCCAGAGCUUCCCAGUCCCUGGGGAGUGUGCAGGGCUGAUUCCUGCCCUCCCAGGAAGGGCCAGCCAGCCGUUCCCACCAUGUACCAGGACCCCUAGUGUGGAGGUUCACAGAUGGGAUGUUGGAGCCGACUUUCCAGAGCCAUCCUUUAAAGUGGGCUUGAACUGUCAGUCCUGCUUCCAUGUCUGAGUCACGCCUUUGAGGAAGCAUGUCUGGGUGGGGAGUGGGCUGCUGGCCACGGGCCAGGUCCUGAUCCUGCAUGCUGGGGUGGGCGGUAUUGCCGAGGUGUUGCCGCCUGACUUCCAUUGCCUGGGCCUCGAUGCUGGCCUGGAGUGUUUCUUCUGCUCACGGCAGCUUCCAGAAACCACAGGCAAGACGCCAGUUUCUGGCCCAAAACUGGAGGGAAGAAAUGAUGGCUCACAGAAGGGACAAAAAUGCACGUUCCAGCAUGAAACUUUUCCUAGCUUACCUUUCUCUCCGGUGUCUGCUCUUCUGACAGUGGGGCCUUUGGUCAGGACCCUGGGGGACCCAGGAACUCGGCUUCCAAACACCUGCACCUUGACUGGAUUCGCAAUCCAGCUGUGUGGGUGGCUGUGCUUGUAGACACAGGUGUGUGUGCGUGUGCAUGUAUGUGUGGUGAUUCACAGAGCAGGAGCCGGGAGCGGAGACUCUUGUGUUUGCACCACCUGCCUUCCCGCGUCAGCAUUGAUAUGGCAGGAAGCAGGGGAAAGGGGAGAGGACCCUCCUCAGCCCAACUCAGGGUGCUAGAAUGAAGACGCUUGCUUCCUGGCAGCAGUGUGGCCUCCUCAGCAGAAGACUUAUGCCAACACCUGAUGCUCAGCAGGCCUGCAGGCAGUGGCUCCCCUGGCCCCCGCCCUGCCCUUGGGAGGGAGGAGGAGAAGGAGGAGGAGACCUACCUGCCGUGCAUCUCCGGACGGUGUUGAAACCUCUUCCUCAGCUGGACCCCAGGAGGCUCUGCCAGCCCAGGCAGCCAUGCUCAGUUCUGUGCUCCUCUUGGAUAAUCGGGGAGGUGGCCCAGUGGGGAUGGUGGCAUCGGGGGCAGUCUAGGCAGCAACCCCUUCCAGCUUUUGGCGUGAUGAGUGGUCUUGCAAGUCAGAGUGGCUUGUUGGUUUGCAUCUAAUUACGCUUGCACUGUGAAGGCUGCUGCUUGAAGCCUCAGUGUCUGUAAUGGAAGGAACACUGGGAUCGUUCAGGUCAGCUGCUUGGGCCAGGAGGCCUGGGUGUGCCUCAGCCAGACACAGAGCUGUCAGCAGACGUCCCUGUGCUGGGCCACUGCCCACUUCGGGUCCAGUGAGAAGCGUUCAAGUGAGCCACUGGUCGGAGAGACAGGCCGGCCAGGGCUUGUCUUAAGAGGACCCACCAUCUCUGCAUCAUCCUGGAUCUCCCAAGGGAGCCUGGCCCUGUCUCAUGCUGCUCGGGGCUGCCCCCUCGGCUGACACCCCUAGGCCCUUGAGGCCUGUGGAGGAAAGUGUGACGCCCGGCCAUAAGCUGUCCCCGUCUUGUCUUCCUCUCCUGUCGAGGGUGCCCCCCAGGCCCUCCUCUCUACCUGUGGGACAGAGUCCCCAUCUCGCCACAAGCUGUGCCUGCCGGCCUGGACGCCACACUCUCCAACCUCUGCAGACUCACAUUACAUCAAUCACACUGUACAUCAUGUUUGUCUCCGCAUAUUUAUUUAAACCUUUCUUUGCUUCUAGGGCAUUUUGUAUGUAGAGCAGGUGAAAUAAGAAUCUCAAAACUUAACGUCUGUCCUGAUGUUAAAGUGCUUUUAGUGACCACCUGGUUGUCUAUGUAUAUGUAAAGUUAAGGGUAAGUUCUUAAGUUUACAGUUAAAAAUUCAGUACUCGAUAUUUAAUAUUUUCUUCUAGCUUUAUGGAAGCCAAACCGUGUGUACCUGAGUGUGUGCAUGUGUGAGCUUUGAACCUCCCCUUCACCAUAGCAUCUUCCGAUUAUGAAGUUUUCAAUAAGUACCUUCCUGUGAGUCCAAAUUUAGUACCUCACGGUUUCUCACUCAGUCAUAAGAAUUUAAGACAGGCAGCAAGCAAACCCCCAGGGAGAUGUUACCCACAGUGUCAUAUAGCUAAGUGUUUAGGAAAAAGAAAUAAAAACUCCAAACUCUUCAGCGUACAGGGCAUGAGGGAGUAGCAGGAAGAUUCCUGUUGGCAGGUAAAUAACUGAAAGCUUGUGAGACCCUUGUGUAUUCCUCCCACCUCCUGUCAGCAGUAGUGGUUCUCAGGGCCUUCAGGGUUGGGGGGCUGGUCCAGGAGGUGCUGGGUUCCCUUGCAGACACGCAGCUGCUUCCCCCUAGCUGGGUCCCUGCAGUGGCCCAUGGGUGAGGCGAGGGUCCUCUCCAUGGGGCAAGGACUCCCUAUCCCACUUAUUGGGAACACAGGCAAGGAAACUGGAUAAGGGCUGCCUGGCGUGGUGGGUAAGUUUGUUGGUUGCAUUGUCUCUGUUUCGUUAAGGGUUUUUAAUAAGUGUGUUUGGCAUAGUGUGUUUCAAUGGGUUUGUUAUAUCUUAUGGUUUUAGCAGCCUGUAACUUCAGCUGGUGCUUUUAAUCAGGAAAAAAAAAAUUUGUAAAUACAAAACAUUGUUUAAAAGACAUAACCAUAGAACCUAGCUUCCCGUUUGUGGGUUUCUUUUCCUGUAUAUUCAAAGUAAAAUAACUUGCAGGAGCCA